CUGUGAUAAAUCAUUCAAUGCAUUGCUCAUCAUCUUUCUGAACAUACAAAAAAUUCAUUACUACACAUAGGUAUCAAGGCGGCAUUAGCAAGCAAUCCGAACUGCCCUUCAUGUGGUAGCACUGACGUCGAUGCUAACAGGCUUAUUCCCAACAAAUCAUUGAGAAACUCCAUUCAAAAGUAUAAGGAUGAGCAUGGCGACCCAGAUGACCAACCGCUCGAACUUCCACCGACACAAGAGCCCAUCAGUGCAAUCAUAGAGGAACCAGCAACUCCUGUAGAAACCGACAGCACUGAAAAUAAACCUAGAAAUGACAACCAGGCUUCAAGCGAAGUUCCUCAAGUAAGUUACAGUGGAUGUUUACUGCAAUGUCAAGACCACUUUUCCUUAAGUAUCCUCAUUUUAUCCAGUCCCCGCCGAAACGAAAUGCUCAACCUACUCGACAGUAUCCGACAUCCGGCAUGCCUAUUCAAGUUUUCCAGUCUGAAGAACGUGUACAAAAAAACAAACCAUAUAAUAAGCAAGAUGACGGCGACAACGACUUUUCUCAACAACAAGGCAUGAUGGAACAAAACGAAUUUUUCAACGGAGGUGGCGGCGAUAUGGGCUGGAUGGGUAUGAUGGGAAUGCCUCCCAACAUGAUGGGCAUGCCACCUGGAAUGAAUCCAGCCAUGAUGGCAGGCAUGAUGGGUAUGGGAAUGCCUCCACCCGGCGGGUUCCCCGGCUUCUUUCCUGGACCUGGUGGAUUUCCACCGCCGUUCCCUCCACCGGAGAUGUUUGGAUUCCCUGGAAAUAUGAACCUUGGCGCUGGUCGUGGAGGAUUUAGCGGACGGGGUGGCCGAGGAGGAGGUCGAGGAGGAGCAAAACCGUCUGGUCCACCUCCACCGCGACGUGUCGAAGGAGCUAACCACAAUAGUCCUUCAACACCGACAAGACAAGAUGUAGUUAGCACAGCUGAGCAUAAAGAAGAAAAAGCUGGCAACAACACUAUAGAGGAUAUACCAACUGGACCCCGCGCUGACCGGGACCGACAUGAAAAGCCCUCAAGCCAUGAUCGUCGAUCGUCUCGAAAUCGGCACAGCAGUCGUUCUCGAUCUCCUAGACGCCAUGAAUCGGAUGAUCGACAUCAUUAUUCAGAGCGACAUCACUCCCGAAGCUCUAGUAAGCAUAGUCACCAUGAUCGCGACACUCACCGCUCUUCAUCGAAAAGACGAUCAAGAUCUAGAAGACGUUCACCAUCCCCAUCUGAAAGACGUUCAAGAUCGGUCUCACAAAGGCGAUCCCGUUCCCCUUCCAAGAAGCGAUCACCAACCCCCACAGGGCCCCGACACACAGACGAUGUUGCACAACCAGUAGACAGUGUGGUAGAAAGUGUGUUGGACGAGAUUAUUUUCGACGAGGAACCCGCUCCAGCUCCCUCGGACCGUGAUAGAAAAGAACACGACAGUAAAAGACGAAGCAGAGAACGAUCAUCUAGUAGAUCACGCAGCUCUCGAAGCCGACAUCGGGAUUCAAGAGACAGAGAUAGUCGUCACCGUCACCGCAGUAGUGAUCGUCAUUCGAGACGUCAACGUAGUCGUGAUAGGCGUUAAAUUUCCCAUGAGAAGUGAGAAAAUUGAUCAUCUGGAUCAUUUGUUUUCGUGCGGCUUCCUUUGAAGAAAUAAGAAUUUAAAAUAAUGAAUAAAAAGAAAAUUGACUUCUUCCAUGUACUUGUCAG